AUGUGUGACGAUUGGGAUGACAACCCUGUGGUAGUGGCCAGUCCCGUGGAAACCCCCAAAUGGUGCAGUUCACAAAAUGACGAGGUUUGGGGAGGAGACCCAGCAACAUUCAUAAAUUCAUCACGAACCCGAACGAACAGAGGGGGACAGGGAGGCUUUCAGAACAGAGACAACAGAUGGGGAGGCGGUGGUGGUGGGAGUAGAGGCAGGGGCGGGGGAAGACAAUCUGAUAGGGGAGGUGAGAGGCAGAACUGGAGAGGAGAAGGUGGCAGAAGUGAGAAAUGCCAGGAGCUCCGUGUACCUUCCAGAUAUGUUGGCAAGGUUAUUGGCCGCGGUGGUUCCAAAAUAGGCGAACUGCAAUUGGAAUCGGGAGCCCGGAUUAAUGUGACCAAGGAAUCGGAUGGUGAUACGACAUUAGUGCAGUUAUUUGGCAGUGAAGAGGCGGUUGCAAAAGCCAAGCAGCUCAUCGAGGAACUGACAACUGACACCAUCAAAAUUGGAGGUGACCCACCACAACCCAAGCUUGAAGAUCAUGGAGUACAACAGCAAGAAGAGCCUAAGGAGAUCGUUGAUUGGCAGAGCUUCCUCAAAAAAUGUGAAGAUGCGGAAAAAGCCGAGUGGAGCAAAUACCCUGAAAUCCAGAAGCAGUUCUAUGAAGAACACCCUAACGUAACGGCGAUGACUGAUGAAGAAGUGGAAGCCUUCAGAGAACAGAACAACAACAUUGUUGUGGACCGAACAUUUAAAACUGAAAAUAGUAAACCCAUUCCAAAACCAUGCCCGGAGUUCUACUAUGCUUUCCAUCAGUAUCCAGAGAUCCUUGAAGAAAUUAAAAAAGUGGGCUUUGAGAAACCCAGUCCCAUUCAGGCCCAGGCGUGGCCUGUUCUGCUCAGUGGCGAGGAUCUUAUUGGCAUUGCACAGACUGGAACAGGUAAAACACUAGCAUUCCUAUUGCCUGCUCUGAUCCAUAUCGAUGGACAACUAGGCAGACGAGAAGAUAGGGGCGGACCAGCAGUAUUGGUGAUGGCACCCACAAGAGAGUUGGCUCUGCAAAUUGACAAGGAAGUAAAGAAAUAUCAAUAUAGGGGAAUCACCUCGAUAUGCAUAUAUGGUGGUGGGAGCAGAAGAGAUCAGGUGAAAGUUGUGACCCAAGGAGUGGACAUUGUGAUUGCAACACCAGGCAGAUUGAACGACUUGGUGGCUGCAGGCCAUUUGGAUGUCAGACCUGUAACCUACGUAGUAUUAGACGAAGCAGAUCGUAUGUUAGAUAUGGGAUUCGAACCUCAGAUUCGUAAAAUAAUGUACGCGAUCCGUCCCACUAGACAGACUGUGAUGACAAGCGCCACAUGGCCUCCUGGAGUUAGGAGACUAGCAGAUUCUUACAUGUGUGAUCCUGUACAGGUAUAUGUUGGCACUUUGGACUUAGCAGCGACACAUACAGUCACACAAGUUAUACAACUACUUGAAGAUAAUGAUGAUGUAAAGAUGCAGGCGCUAAUGGAGUUCGCACGAAACUUGUCCCCCGACGAGAAGGUGAUCGUAUUCUGCGGCAGAAAAGCCCGUGCAGACGAGCUGGCCUCCGAGUUGGUGUUGAACGGCAUCAGCUGUCAAACGAUGCAUGGCGACAGAGAUCAAUCCGACCGAGAGCAGGCUCUUUUGGAUAUAGCGGAUGGUACUGUACAGAUACUCAUUGCUACUGAUCUGGCUUCCAGGGGAUUGGACAUUGAUGAUAUCACACAUGUGGUUAACUAUGACUUCCCACGAAAUAUCGAGGAGUACGUACACAGAGUUGGAAGAACGGGAAGAGCCGGGAAAUACGGAGAGUCUAUCAGUUACUUCACUAGAGGAGACUGGGGACAAGCCAAGGAACUCAUCUCCAUAUUGGAAGAAGCUCAACAGUACGUGCCGGAAGAACUGCAUGACAUGGCGGAACGCUUCGAGAAGAUGAAGGACAGGAGGGAAAAAGAGGGAGGUUCCAGGGGUAGGGGCGGCGGAAGGUUUAGAGGUGGAGGAGGAAGGAGAUGGUAGUGAAUAUUUAUUGGAGAGGAAAUGAUGCAUUUGAAUUUAUUAAGUUUAGUUAAAUAUGAGCCGAUAUCUCGUUUAUGUUUUUUAAGUAAUAAUAACCUCAUUUUUCUAUAUAUA